CGACACAAACACUUUGCUUCAGAACUGGCUAAGAGAUGCGCAUGGAGGAGGUUGGCUAUUUGGUUCACCAUGAUUAGCACCCUUGGAAGCAGAAAGAGGUUGGUUUAAUGAUUGCAAAUGAUUGUUUACGUAUUUAAGAGACAGAAAGGUUGUCGUUAAUUCAUUUUAUUAAAUUCUGUAACAUAAAUUGUUUAAAAGCUAUUGAUUUAUGUCAAUGUCACGAUUUGAGUUCAUCAAAAAUAAUUUUCUAUAUAGUAAAAUGUGAACAUUUCUGCACUUUCUACUUAAAUAUUAUAAUGGCAUUUGUUUGUGCAUCUUUAUAGUUUUCAUGGUGCCAUAUUGUCGGUGGGUUAAAAGAGGAGAAUAAAGUUAAAUCAGUCGAAGCUCUCUGCAUCACGAGUGGUAAUUCCAAGUGGGCAGCUACAUGUAAUAUGAUUAGCUAUAAAAGGGAUGUCUUAGCGGGGCAAAGUGAAAACUCAUUGACUGCAAGAGACUUGCCAUCCCUGCAGAGAACCUGACACCAUUUCAUCAGAGAUCCAGCUACCAACCUGUUACCAGCCAGAUGAUUCCGCUCGCAUCCACAAAGUGCACUUGCAAGGUUAGAAAGAACAGCACACUAAAGCUCAGGACUCCAGAUACUGAAAGAGACAUUGACUACCAAGAAGAAACACGGGACUGCUUACACACAUGCACAAGCUUAAUGCAUAACUAGAAACCCUUUAAAUAAUAUUACAAGGCCAAAAUAAUUCAUGGACUUCCAACACAUAAUAUUCUUGAAUCUGGUUAAUGUUUCUUGGUGAGCGAAAUGUGUUUUUUGUGGAAUAAUAAUUCACAGGAUGUCUGUUUAUAAAAAGGUUUAAAGGGUGAACCUCAUUAGCUAAUUUAUGAACAUUUGUUGUUGCUGUCUUACACUAAACAUACCUUUGAAUGUCCAUAAUAAGUAAUUGUUUGACACAGCGUUACUCUGUGGUAAAGAUUAACUACAGCUUAAAAGUAUAGUCAGGCAGUAAGGCAAUCAAAGCUACAGUCGACUUUAGGCACCUACAGAAACAAAAUGUCACUACCAGAAGAGCAAACAGACAACCCCACAAGCGCACCAUGCGAAUCCAGCUCACCAGAAGAAGAAACCGGCAACCCUACAAACGCACCAUGCAAAUCUAGCUCACGUGAGAGAAAAUUAACAGAGAAAGGCCUAGAGAUGCAAAACCACGAUAUCAGAAAACGUGAAAAAUCAUUCAACAAGACUUAUAACUCUUGGAAGCUCGUAGAAAGGUAAACUAGAACAUAACUAAAAUCCCUCUGCUCAGCAGAAGACCUCAAUAAACUGCAGCAAAAUAUUGAAGCAAAGCACGACGCUGUAAGUUCACAGUAUGAACCUAUCCUGCGUAACAGUAACAUCACACCUGACAUUGUCAACAAAAUGGACGCCUGUGUUGCGCUAACAAAGGAGGUAUGUAACCUCAUAAGUGACCGUCUAAAGACUGUUCAUGAGGAAUAUGAUAACCAUCUUGAGAAAGAAAGAGUAAGAGAAGUGUUAAGCAAGAACGAAUACGGGUCUGUUUUUGGCGACAGCAUAACGGAAACUGCAAGCUCUAUAGAGUUGUCAGAGCAAUUGAGCCAUCACUCUGGCUCAUCCUGUACCCGUAGCAGUAGAGAAGAUGCGGAAGCAGAGCUUGCUGCCAAGCUGGAGCAAUCAAAGGCUAUGGAAGAAAUUCGAGCACAGCAAGCACAUCUUCACAAGUUAGAAAGUGAAUGGAAACUCAAAGAGGCAAAAAUGUUGUCAGAAAUUAAACUAAAAGAGGUGGAAAUGCAACAACAGUUGGAACAAGAAAGAGCAAAACUACAGCAGUUACAAGCAGACAAAAAAGUUGCUAUAGCAACAGCUCGCGUGAAAGCGUACAACAGCCUUGAAGGGUUUGAGAACCACAACGGGGAACUUGACAGUAAAAUUAGCUCUGCUUGCUACAGAAGGCAAAUUGAACCUCAGCUGAAUCCAAAUGCCGCAUCAUUCCAACCUCACCAAGCAAUUCCAGAAAUGACAAUGACCCAGGAGUCUGUCAGCUUAGCACAAGCAAUCGCUAGCUCAUUAAGUAUGAAUCGCUUGCCAGUCCCUGAGCCUGCCACAUUCAGUGGGAACCCUUUGCAGUUUACCGAUUGGAAAAUGUCAUUCAUGAAUCUGAUUGACCGAAAACCCCUUCCAGCAAGCGAGAUGUUUUAUCUGAAAAAUUAUCUCGCAGGAGAAGCACGCAAAGCGGUAGAAGGUUUCUUUUACCAAGAUUCAGAAAAUGCAUACAAGGGAGCAUGGAAGGUCUUAGAGGACAGAUAUGGGAACUCAUUCAUUAUACAGAAAGCAUUUUGUGAUAAACUCAUGGGAUGGCCGAAAAUCAGUGCAAAUGACCCACUAGCGCUACGAGAGUUUGCCGAUUUCCUCAAAGGAUGCUCUGAAGCAAUCCCACAUGUCAAAGGACUAGCUAUCCUAAAUGAUUGUGAAGAAAAUCACAAAUUGCUCAAAAAACUGCCAGAAUGGAUCGUGCGCAAGUGGAGUCGAAUUGUUGUAGAUGAACUUGACGAAUCUGGCACCUAUCCAAAUCUUGCAUGCUUCACAGACUUCCUGAGUAGAGAAGCACAGAUAGCUUGCAACCCGAUAGCUUCUCCACUGUUGAUGAAUUUCAAACCUGUAGAUGAUUGAAUCCCAAAGAGAGCCAAAGUCUUCAACACAAACAUGCAACCAAAGAGUUCCGCUCAAGAGAAACAAGACACAAACAUUAGUAAACCAAAAUCACCUUGUUCUGUUUGUAAAAAUGAAACUCAUGGAAUCUCAAAGUGUCCCAUCUUCGCAGCUAAGAGUGUUGAAGAUAAAAAGGCAUUCAUCCAUGAAAACUGGCUCUGCUUUGGAUGUUUAAGAAAAGGUCAUAUCACCAAAGAUUGCAAAAGGUGACACACGUGCAACAUUUGUGAGCGUCGUCAUCCAACCUGCUUGCACGAAAACAGAAAGCAAAACCCUGCAGAAGCAGUAACAAAUAGUUCCACUCCCACGGAAGAACCUGCAAGCCAGGAAACACACAAGGUCAUGUCUCAUACAUCAACACAACGCGUUUCAGCCACCUCAAGUAUUGUCCCAGUCUUUGUGUCUUCUGUACAAGAACCACAGAGAGAAAUACUCACCUAUGCAUUGCUAGACACACAAAGUGACUCAGCAUUUGUCUUGGAGGACAUACUUGAUAAGCUGAAUGUGGAUGUCCAACCAGUGAAACUGAAACUCAGUACCAUGACGGCUAUUGAUACAGUCAUCUCGAGUAAGAGUGUUCAUGGUUUACAAGUUAGAGGACUCCACUCUGAGAGUUGUAUCCAACUACAACAGGCUUACAGCCACGAUUUUAUCCCAGUGGACAAGUCGUACAUCCCAACGAAGGAAACAGCAUUACUAUGGCCUCAUCUCAGAAGCUUGGCGAAUAAGUUGCCACCUCUCCAAGAUUGUGAUGUAGGGCUCCUGAUUGGAUAUGACUGUCCAUCUGCGCUGGCUCCUCUUGAAGUCAUCAUAGGUGACAAGCAUGAACCCUUCGCACAAAGGUCAGAACUAGGAUGGAGUAUAAUUGGCUAAUCAAACCCUCACCUAGACAGACCUAGACAGACAAGAAAACCAGAGCUUUGUGCAUCGGCUCACAGUAAAAGAGUUGCCUGUUCCAUCAGCGACAGAUGUUCUAAAAGCCCUGGAAUCGGAUUUUGCUGAGAGAACCUAUGAGAACAAAUAUGUGUCCCAAGAAGAUGUCCAUUUCAUACAGUUCCUCAGUAACCACAUCACACAAAGGGAAGACAGACAUUACGAAAUGCCUCUCCCUUUCAAAGGGAACAGCCCACCCAACCUGCCAAACAACAAGAGGUUAGCCACGGUACGUCUACAGUGUCUCAAGAAAAAACUAAAGGCCAACAAACAAUACUACGAUCAGUACUGAACAUUCAUGGAAGAAACCAUCAACAGGGGUGAUGCAGAGCCUGCUCCUACAACAUCUCAGGGGCAGACCGAGUGGUACCUGCCACAUCAUGAAAUCUAUCACCCCAGGAAGCCGGACAAACUAAGAGUUGUUUUUGAUUGUUCAGCCAAAUCCCAUGGUGUCUCUCUAAAUGAUAUCCUAUUAACUGGACCUGAUCUCAUCAAUCCUCUAGUUCA